CCGUAGAUUCCACUACGUGAUCGACAGUGACUAAGAACGGUUCCGUUUGUGGCGUAGUUUGUGCAAUUGCAAUGAAGUGGUGAAAAAUCUCCGCUUCUUAUUGGAAACCUGCAUAAUUCGCGCUCCGUAGGGAAAUGUGAAAUCCAAUUACAGGAAUGCCGGAGAGAAUCGGUUCUGUCCGUUCGGAAAAGGAAUAGUUUCGGGCAAAACGACAGCAGUGAUUUGUUUUUGUUCCCGUGCUUGAAAACACAAUGGCGGCGAUUGCUGCUCAUACCUCGAUGAAUGCUUCUACAGUCUUCGAUAGAGUGAUAUGGUGAAUCGAAAAAGUGAAAUUAAAUCAAUGGGGCAUAUAUGCUGAAUUGGUUGAUUUGGAGGGAAACUUUAUUUGCUGAUUAUACGUACAUCAUCCAGUUCUGUUGCAGUUUCAGAAGAAAAGUGUAAAUUUGUUUUUCAUUGUAUGUGUUUGAAAAAUCAAUUGUUCAGCAAGCCAGAUUGGAUUAUCAAUCGAGCAGAUCCGCAUAUGAUAAGUGUGAUGUGCAUUGUUGUCGCCGAGAGCCGCCGGACGAUUGCAUAAAUUUUACGUGAAUGCGACGACACACAAACAUCACCAGAGCAACAACACAUAAAAUACAUUCACCUCAUGCUGAGCUAACGAUAGCAACUCCGUUGUUUGUUUGUUGAGGCAAACAAAAGAAAAACACAUCAUCUCCUGCUGAUUCAGGAAGUUUUACAACAACUAUUUGCUCUCCGCUAUUCCAUCAUACACCCUCAUCGAAUCGUGAAACUUCGGAUUAUACUGCCGUUAACGUACCGUUUGCCGUACAUGAGUUAAGAGAGCGCUACACUAUUUCAAGGCCGCAUUGCCACGCUGAGAAUGGAUCAAAAUUGCGUGAAAAACUACGCAGUGAUCGCGUGGGAUGCCGUGCUAGAUGUGGUGACAUUAGUAUGUUGUACAUGGAGUCAAUGAACCUCCCUUAUUAUUUUGGAUCUGAUCAUCAGAGCACAGACAGCAACCGUAGGGCACGGUUGGUAUGGAUUAUGCUAGCUUGUCAGCUCCGCCAAUUGAACCACCCGCACGGUACCCGUAUCAGGACGGACCGGUUGAACACCAAUAAUUAUCACUCGACACCCAAAUCGAUGGCUUUGCUGAUUCUGCUGAUAACUAUUAAGCUUCAUAUUGCACAGGUCGAUGAUAAGCAAUGAACAAUGGAGUGAAUUGCAAAAUAAAGAAUUAGAGAGGAAAAACCGAUUUAUAUUCGAAAGUGAUUUAACUCUGCCAAUGUGAUGUGUAUGUUGUGUAUACGGAGAAAUAAUGGAAAAACGAAUUGAAUGGACAGUUAAACUUUCCUGGGACUGAAAGUGACGAAACGAACAAGUGUUGUUACUAUUCGUUCAUAGCGAGGAACAUCCUCUGUGAUUCCUAGCAUAAUGACACUAACGAUCAUGGCCGGUUUACCGGCUAGACACUAUCUUGCAAACUACCGUCUAGUCAUCCUGUUCUCGGUCUUCCUGCUGAAAAGUGCCAAGGCGGAUAUUCUCGUCUACAAAAACCUGCAGCUUUUAGAGGAAUUCCGAGAUUUUCCAGCCGUUUUCGGGGGAGAUAUUCCCGAGAGUGGUCUCAAAGUUCGGGCGGUACAAGCAUCACCCCCAGAUGGGUGCUCCGCUAUGGAUGGUCCGCCAGACAACGUGACAUCGAUAGCGCCCAUCGGUGGAUCGACGCGUUUUGCUGCCGUGAUUGCGAGGUACAAUUGCUCAUUCGAGGAGAAAGUUCGCAAUGCACAGAGAGCUGGAUUUGCGGCAGUGAUUGUCCACAAUGUCGGAAGCAAUGAUUUGGAACGAAUGUCAGCCAACCACGCGGAGGACAUUGUAAUUCCAUCGGUGUUCAUCGGCCAGGACAAUGGUGUGCUUAUUAUCGAAAACUACAUAUAUCCUCUGAAUUACGCUCUGAUAAUAACGGAUGACGUUCCGUUCAACAUCAAUAAUAACCUAAUAAUUCCGUUUGCUAUUGUUGUGGGAUUGUCGUUCAUCAUAAUGAUUUGCUUCUUGAUAAUACGAUGCAUACGCGAGCAUCGUCGUUCGCUAAGGCAUCGAUUGCCAAACAAAAUCCUGAAAAAGAUUCCAAUCGUGAAGUUCGCCAAAGGGAUGCAGUAUGACACGUGUGCCAUCUGUCUGGACGAUUAUAUUGAAAAUGAACGGCUACGAGUACUUCCCUGUCAUCACGCCUACCACAUGAAAUGUAUCGAUCCAUGGUUGACGAAAAAUCGUCGUGUGUGCCCUAUCUGCAAGCGUACGGUGGUUGCUCGGGGUGAACGCAGACCUAGAAUACCGCGAUCAUCUACUGAUAGCUUGUCUUCUUCGGAUGCCGAUGAAAAUACACCACUACUGAAUCCAGCUGAAAUCACUUCAGUCUCCGUUGCGCCUUCAGUUGCAGCCACAUCGCAGAAUAAUGGAAACGCUGCAACCCAUGCUUCACAAUCUGCAAACGAUGACCACGUGGUAAAUGUAAAUGGUACUGAUGAUGAUAAUGAUGACGAAUUGCUCGACGACAACAAUGUUCAAUCCAUGACCAACUUUAAGAUUAGAAUGUUGUUAACGAGAUCCCAUUUAAUCGAUGCUCUCCGCCGGGACGGGACACUGCCAGCAACUACUGCUCAACGAAACAGCAGUAACGAAAGCAGUACCAACGAGGGAGGUGGUGAAUCGUCGUUCAGUCCAAUUGGAGAGGAAACCCGCCCAACUGGCACCUGGAACCAAUUCAUGAGACAACUACGCUCCCUUGGCGGUAGACAGCGAGAACAGCAGCUACUUUCGGACGACGAUGUGGAACCAGCAACGGAAGGACCGAACGGCAGUAGCAGUGAUUCCAGUAGCAGCAGCAGUCGCAUGGCUAUCAGUGCCACCGCAGCUAGCAACAAUAUUCUCAACAGUAAUCUCAGCGGUUCGUUCCACGGUGAUGACACGACCGACGAUGAGAUAGUGGGUGCAAAUCGCCGAGAUAAUAACGUAAAGAGGUCCCAAAAACGCCCGGCGCCGUCAUCGGAUCUGCCGUCAACGAGCGGUACGAACGGCAGCGGUUCCAACGAGGUCGCUCGUUUGGGGGUGGCAGCACUACCAAAUGUUAAUUUUAAUCCAAAUCAACCGACUCGGGGCUCGAACCGAAGAGGAGCGAGCCGAAGCGGAAAUGAAUCGGGAAAUAACUAUCCCGUGUAAAUAAUAUUUAUAGAUUGGAAAGGGUUCGCAUUCACGUUCGUCAUUUUUAGAGGAGAUACUUGAUAAUAAACUGAGAACAGUCAAGGAAUGCAUACCUAACUGUACCGGAAAGGUAUUCGCAGAGAGUUGGAAAAAAGUAACACCAUCUUCAUGAAUUGGAAACAUUUGUUUUGUUACUAGCUCUAUUUAUAAGCCAUCCAUCAGCAAGAAAUUUAUAUAAAAAAAUUGUUGAUAAAAUAAUAUGCAUCCUCAUUAAUUGGAAUGUGGAAUGUCUGAAAUGUGAUUGAAUUUUUUAAAAGUCGCUGAUAUUUUAUAUAUACUAUCAUUACUACUAUGAAUAAUUGUUUUAACAUACUAAUUCAGGUGUAACCUUAGUUGUCGCAGAAUAAAAUUCGAAAUUCUGUAUAAAUCAAAAUAAUCGGAAAGUAUAGAGAAACAUUAAUUUUAGCUACUGUUCUCAUCAAUUGUUUCACUUCAAUUCACACACUAGAAAGUAAAUGCUAAAAGAUAAUAUGAUAGAAGUAAAUUACUUUUGAGCAGAAAGACCUAUAUUAGUAUUUAAACCAACACCAACAAUUGUAUGCAUAAAGCGUACAUAAUCGUGUUUUGGUUUUAUUUUUUUCUCAAUAUGAUUUAUACAUACCAUCUAUAAACGCUACAGCAUUAUAUCCAUUUAUGGUUGGUUUAUUUCAUAUUAUCUUUUGUUUUACUUUGUUUUUGCUCGUCAGAAAAUAUCAAAUAGAGACAAACAAAAAAAAACAUACAUAAAGUGUAGUGUAUAUUGUCUAGAGUUAAACGUGAAAUAGUUUGUAAGAAAAGUGAAUUCCUGGCCGCAACAACCAUAGUCAACAGUCAGAGAAUAAAAUAAAAAAGAUACGCGGAUAGAACGUGGAAACAAAUAACUGCCGGAUUUGCAAAUGGCGUUACCAAUGUUUUCAAGUUCCGGAUUCAAGUAGUGAUCUUCUAUAGAAACAUUACCCUAGGCAGUUGCAGGUGGAAAUAUAAAAUUAAAUUGACUGAAAAACAAA